AUGGAUAAUCCCCGCGUCUGUCAUAGAUGGACGCCAAAUACGAUAUCAUCUGUCAAUUCUUUCUCUGGUACCAUCACUGGGGAUAUCGGCUCCAGCUUCUCUGUGCCGAAGAUAUCAGACGGGCUCAGUUUACAAACAUUGUUCGCGGAUUGUGAUUCUCAAUGUCUCGAAACCGCCGUCACCCACGGAAUUAACGUGCUAGACCGUUUGAGGGAGCCAUUAAGCCAGCUGUCUGAUGUGGAUAAGUCUCAGUGGCUGCAACCCCUCGAAUAUCUCCAGAAACAAGCCGUACGGCCGAAAAUAAUUAUCGGUGUUGUCGGCAAUACAGGAGCGGGAAAAUCCUCAAUUAUCAAUGCUGUGUUGGACGAAGAGCGAUUGGUACCAACCAAUUGUAUGCGAGCUUGCACCGCGGUUGUCACCGAAAUCUCCUAUAAUUACGAGGAGACCCCAUAUCGAGCAGAAGUUGAAUUUAUUACGGCCAACGAUUGGGCAAAGGAACUUCGAAUUCUUUUUGAUGAUUUGUUGGAUGGCAAGGGAAAUAUUUCUCAAGACACCGACGCUGGCAUAGCAUACGCGAAGAUCAAAUCAGUGUAUCCAAACUACACAAAGAACCAGCUAGAGAACAGUACCGUUUCGGAGCUAAUUGAACAUCCCAACGUGAAGAAAGUGCUCGGCAGGAUAAAAUCAGUUGUCGAGACUAACCCGAAAACUUUUUACAGGAAUCUUCAGACUUACGUUGACAGUAGAGAAAAAUUUACUGGGGAGAAAGACGCGACAGAAAACCCACCCCUAGAUAUGGAGGUCUGGCCCUUGAUUAAGGUUGUUCGUGUCUAUGUCAAGGCUACCGCGCUCUCAACAGGAAUGGUCAUCGUCGACUUGCCUGGUGUACAUGACUCCAACCCGGCUCGGGCUGAAGUUUCUAGAAGCUACAUAAAACAAUGCACAAGCCUAUGGAUCGUGGCACCAAUCACUCGGGCUGUUGACGACAAGGCGGCAAAGUGCCUUCUGGGCGGGACCUUCAAGCGCCAACUCAAGAUGGACGGUGGCUUGAACAGCGUUACAUUUAUUUGCAGCAAGACCGACGAAAUUAGCCUUCUGGAAUGCCAGGAUUGUUUGGGCCUUGAGAAGCGAAUGAGCGCUCUUCGGGACAAUGCGGACGAGCAUUCUGAGAAGAAACAUGGCAACAGACAAUAUCUGGAGAGACUCCAGAAAGCUAUGUCUGAAUGCGCCGCGGUUGCAGACGAAAUCGAUGAGCAAAUUGAGAUGUGGGAGACAUUAAAGGAGGAAAUUGCAGAUGGCAAGGCAGCCUAUGCUCCUAGUCGACCUAAGAAACGGAAGCGAGUCAGAAAUGGUAACAUCUCAAGAACGUUACUAAACCGCGCUAGACCAUGGGACUACAUUCUCAACGAUUACCGUGCCGAUGGCGAUACCGGGUACGAAGUCGAUGAACAUCAGGGUCAAUCGCCAACGUAUAGUAGACCUCUCACGGCAGGAGAGGUCGAUCGAAGGCUUUUAGAACUUAGGGCAAGAAAGAAGGAAAACCGUCACCACAGGCAAGAUCUUAAAAUCGAAACGGAAACUCUCUUGAGGCAGAUUUCAGAUAUUGAGAUUGUAAUAGCCCACAUUCAAGCUGAACUAAACGGUUUAGCGAUCUCCGGUCGAAACGAGUAUGCACGGUGUGCGAUUCGGAGAGACUUUGCAACUGGAAUCAAAGAGCUUAACCAAGAACUGGCAGAAGAGACUGAUUCGUCCAGUUUUAAUCCUGAUGCUGAUGAUCGCGAUUAUGAGGAAGUAGCUCGAUCUCUUCCUGUGUUUUGCGUGUCUUCUCGGGCGUAUCAGAAGCUCCAAGGCCGCUUGGAAAUGGAGCCCACUAUACCGGGGUUUCAGGCCCUUGAGGACACAGAAGUCCCUCAACUUCAAGCCCACUGCAAGAAGCUAACGGAGGCUAUUAGAGAUGCAAAUUCUCGAUGCUUUUUGAAUAAUUUAGACCAACUUUUGAACUCUCUUCGGUUGACGAUCUCAGCUGACGGGAAUCAAACCUCUGACGAGGAAAAGACAAUUUGGGCCAGCACAAUCGAAACUCACUACAAAGUGCUCUACGUUGAUCUUGAGGAACUUAUUCUAGACAUGUGCCAGCGAUUCCGGAAUACGAUCCAAUGCAACAUAUUUACGGUCUACGAAGACGCGGUAGAAGCGGCGGCGAACAAAGCAGAUGAGACUGUAAAACGAUGGGGCGGGCGUGUAAACUACGAUAACCGUGCUGCUGGGGGGUUUUUCUGGUCUACUUAUAAAGCUAUCUGCCGUCGUGGUGGAGUCUAUACAAAUGCAGAAGGCACUCAUGAUUGGAACGCGGAAUUGACUGAGCCAGUUCUCAAGGUCGUCGCUUCUGGUUGGGAGCGUACCUUUUCCCGACGGGCUCAAUCCCUCUUUCUUAGUACAGCAUCAGAAGGGGCACGCUUACUGCAGUCGUUCCACGACAGUAUCCAUCAUACCGAUAGCCAAACCACUAACCGAUUAGGAAACCAUCUGCUGCCUCAGCAGUUGCGUGUCUAUCAACAGCUUCUAAAGGGCCUCUGUCUGGAAGAUCUUACAAUGGUCACAAGGAGAUCAAAAGAAAUUAGUUGGAUGUUCCAGCUUGUGGUAGCGGAGAAAAUCAAACCCGCGUACGCGAAUUGCACAGUAUUAUCAGGCCCUGGAAGUUUCGACCAAAUGAAAGAAGUUAUGUCUUGCUUUGUGAAUCAAGCCAAGUCAACAAUGUUUCAUAGAAGUAUUGAAACAGUCCGGAAAGCCCUUGAUGAAUUAGUCAGAUCCCUGGAGGAGAGUAUGAUGAUCAAAGUAGGCGAGAUGUUAAUUUCUGUAAAGCGAGAUUACACAUCUACACUUGGUGGAAACCAGUCCACCGCUAGCAAGUGCUUAUUUCGAUCGAUUCUCAACAUCAUCACAGACAGCGAAUCGUAUUUCAGGCGUCUAGCUAAUAUAGAGCUCGAAGGGAAUGUGACUACUGUGGAUACAGAGUUCUUUUCUAUUUCAUCACACUUUUCGUCGUCGUCACCAAAUUAUUGCCCAUUAUCGCCAAAUUUUGGUCCUACGUCUGUCAGUUUCAACUCACGUUCUCCGACGUACAAUCCUACAAGUCCAGCAAUUGGUAACAGCAGGCAACAUUCGCAUUCCCCCAAAUACUCUCAUAAAUCCCCAGUACGAUCACCAACAAGAUCAGAGAUUUCUGACUUUACAAUCGAUGUUGGCUCAAAUGAAGAACGCCAGCUUGCAUUACCAUCUGAGGCAGAGACUGCCCGGUUCGGCCUGCUUAGGUCUUUGUUCAACCAACCUAUUUACGAUGAAGAGUUGCGUGAGAUUUACCAAAUAGGUGAUCGGAUAAUUAGUGACACGGCUUUUGUUUUGAAUGACUUAAAGGGAUGGCUGUGGAAAGACUUCCAACAACAUGGAACUUUGCUUCCAUCUUGUCACAAUCUUUCUUCAGCAAGAAUCUCUACCUCAAUGCUUCGGUUUUUAAUAGAAACUAAUAAUGAUAGACAACGAAAGUCGAUAUAUCGUCGUCUAGCACGAGUACUUUUUUUCAUCUUCGUCAAGAAUCAUGUGGAACAGCUCGAAAAGAGAGAAGCCAAUGGGGAAUUCAUUGACCGCCAUCAUCAGAACUUAAUAACUAUAACCCAUAAGACCAUAUUACAAGAGGUUGGUGACUUGUCAGUGAAUGGCAAGGAGUUGGCCCAGAAACAGAUAUCAGAUAGCAAGAGCUACGGCAAGCGAUGGUGGAAACUUGGAAGUGGUAUUGGGAUCAUUGCUAUAUUGGCCGGUGGACCAGACGUGGCGAAAUAUAUGGAGAGUCGCUGUUUCUCUAAUAGCUCACUAGAGCUCUUGGUCAAUUACAUGAGAAACGCGUAUCGAAACGCUAUAGCCCAUUUCCAUUCACUCGAUGCCGUUAUUCAACCACUUUUAGCGAAAGCAUCGUUGACUACAAAUCAUAUUAUAGGCUGGACCGGCAAGAUAAACCCCUUACACUUGCAGUUCAUCGUUCCUCCUGAAAGAGCUGAGUGGGUUGAUACGCAGACAAUGAUGGAUUCCGCAACAAGUAGCUUACUAUGUUACUUCGAGCAUUAUGAUUAG